AUGGAGACUGAUUUAGCUUUUCUCAAAUCCAUGAGAGGUCUUCUCAAGCUGGCAGAAAUGGCAACGGUUUUUGUGGCAUUUGUAUGUUUUGCCAUAGCCUCCAGGCCCCCUUACAUCGCUGCAACCUGCAUGGAAUUUGUGGUUACACUUGCCCUUUUACUGCUCUACGUGUUGAAGCUAAACAAGACAUUCACUUUUUUCUUCUGGCCUCUCAUUGAUGUGUUCAACUCCCUUCUUUCAGCAGUUUUCAUAGGUAUCCUCAGUCUGGUGGCAGUAUCCACAUACACACUGAAGACCACACUAGCAGGGGCGCUCGUGGGCUUUGUGGCAACAGCCCUGUGGUGCACAGAUGGUAUUAUGCUCUUCAGGAAAAUUACCUUCAAUAAGCCGAGAACAACAACAGGACAAGUUAAUCAUUGA